AUGUCCGUGGUCUGUUACGGUGGCAGCGUGCUCGCCGUGGCCAAGCACGUCAACGCCCGCGUCAAGUCUUCUAUUCUCUACGAGGACGUCGCCACAGCCAUUGACGGCGGCAGAGAUGCCAAAGACGCCGGUGCUAAUGAGCUCCUCGGCUGCGGCAAGAAUGGUGGCCAGAUGGGCGUCGCUGCCAACCUGACCAACCCGCUGUACAGCACCAAGGCUCACAAGGACAGUGGUGCAAAGCCCGAGGGUAUUAUUAUCAAGUUGGUCAAGGCUCCUCCUCCUUCUGCUUAG